AUCUUUAUCAAUAGACGUGGUCGAACAAUUGAUCAGUCGAAUUGGUAGCAAUAAGACAUUUUGGAGAUGUUGAUUACAAUUUAAUGAGAUGUUAUUGGACUGACAUUUACAAUACAAAUUUUAAUGAUUAAGUGAUUUUUUAGUCAUAACUAACCCAAUAAUGUUAUAGACUUUUUGAGACAAUUUAUUACAAUAAAUGUCUUUCCAAGCCUUUGGUCCUUCCACCAUUUCCAUGUCAAGAACUUGGAUCAAGGUCUAGUUCAUCCUUCUCUUCUAUAGUUCGACCUAUAAGUGUAUGUCUGAUCAAAUCUCUAGCUAGUGCAUACCGCAACUGAGAUGGAACUAAAUUACGAUUUCAAUCCAAACUCUGAAACUCAAUGUAUCAUUGUUUGAGUUACCACUUAAGUCACCAAAACUAUGGCUUUCAUAUAGUAACAACAAAAUGAGGCAGCAUUACUGAGUUUGUACAAUUUCUGUUUUCCAUUGACGAAGUCCAACAGCAAUAAUACAGCUAGGAUGAAGGAACGUCAUCGCCAUGUACAUUUCUGAAAACUCCAGUAGGGUGCAAUGGCAUCAUGCAAUGCUUUCUGGGGUCUCUUCUUUUAACCAAACCAGGAAAACAAAAUCACAUGGUAAGAAACCAGUUCAAAACAAAGUGCUGGUCUUCUUUACUUGAUAAAAAAACCACAGAGAUAAAUUAGAAAAAGAAGCCAAAGUUCUCUCUCAAGAAGUGAGGUGAAUCAAAGGAGUUAGGGCAGAACAACAACAACAACAAUGGGUUCUCCAUCUUUCUGCCUGAUCAUUAUUCAGUCUGCAAUUGAUGAGAAGAAGCUGCUUCUGCCAGUGGAGUUUGUGAGCCAGCAUUGUGGAGAUCUUGCAAAGUUUGCCACUUUCAGGGCGCCAGAUGGGCGAACCUGGCCGAUACUGAUUGCAAGGAGAAGUGGCGAUGGCAAGAAGAUGUUCACCCGCGGUUGGUCCGAGUUUGCAGCUUACUACUCCAUCAGCCACGCAUAUCUGAUCGCGUUCAAGUACAAGGGGAACUCCGAUUUCCAUGUCAGGAUCUUCGAUCCAACCUGCUGCGAAAUCGCAUACCCAACUCCCAGGACAGUAGAUCAGCAUGAAUCUACACAAUAUGAGAAUGAUGAGGAGAGCUCAGGAGGAGAUGGAAUUCCGAUCACAACGAGCAGAAACUACGAUAAGGUGUACCAGAAGGCUACACCAUCAGGCCAGAGGACGAUUCUAGCCGCAACGAAGCACAAGCUUCACAACCCUUCAUUCAUGCUGGUGGUGCAACCCUACAACUUGUCAAACCCUGUGGCUUAUGUGCCUGGGGAGUUUGCUGCUAAGCACCUCAGCCCGGAUUGCAGCAGCAUAUUGGUGAGAGAUUCCGUCAGCAGAGGCGAGUGGGCGAUCCAGUUCACGUGGAGGGACCGUGGAGGCUUGAACUUGGGGCUCGGGUGGGGAGCUUUCACCAUGGACAACGAGUUGAAGCCCGAGGAUGUCUGUCGAUUCGAGCUGAUCAGUAGUGACGCUGAGAGAUACUGUGUCAUGAAAGCUCAUCUCUUCCGAGUCUCCUACCCAUGAAAGCAGCAACUAGACCGAAAGUAUGCUCGUUCGUGUCUCUCCUCUUAUCGAUCAAGCUGAUGUGUUUAUAUGACUAAAUCAAUCAAUGAAUCAUAUGUCUAUCAACUGAUUGAAUCUACGCUGUGUAAUAAUUAAGUUUCAAAGCUUUGGAUGUUGGGCUUUGGAUUGCUCGAGUGUUCCUUGUGUACUACAAGGUCGUGUUUGAAACAAAGGUCCGAGUGCUGGUGGUUUCUUGGGGGACAAGUUAACCAUAAACUCAUCAUCUAUUUGCUAGAUGCAAGUAAAACUUUAGAGUUCAUUUUUGAAUCUUGUCCCUAAAAACGAGUUCAUUUUUAUAAAUGCUUCCAGUUUAUCGGAACUGAAAACAUGAGAAAACUUGGAUCGAUAUUUUCUAUACUUUAACUUACUUACAGUGAAACACUACCUAACCAAACCUAAAUAAAAGUGCAAAACAUCAUUUGCUGGAUAGAAGGAUCUCCAUCAGUGUCUGUUAGAAAUAUUGCCUUAUUAUUAGUACUAGAAAAUUGACCCGCGCUCUGCGGCGGGUUCUCAAAAAUAAAUUGACUAAUUAACUGUGAAAAGUAAAUUUUAAAUCAAGGUGAAUGUCUUUUGUGGUCGAAAAGGAAUCAUGUAUUAACUUGAAAUGGAUGCGAAUAGGACCAUAAUCAACUUUUUAAUCUCUUUAGUCUUCAUGGACUUGUAUAUGAUUUCAAAGUAAGUAGUUGGAUUUACAAUUAUAUUGAAUUGAUUAAUUGAAUGUAUGAUAAGUGAGUGUGAUAUUCUCUAAUCUUGUGAAUAGGCAAGAAAAUAAUUUUGCGAUGAAGAAUAAAAGAAUUUUUACAACAUGUGCGAUGGAAUAUUUACAUCUUACACAAUAAAAUUGUUAUCGGACCACAAUAAUGGUUCAACCCUUGAGAUUUAAAAUAGAGUAUAUUUUGAAAUAGUGCUAUAUUCAAAUUGAAUAGCUCGCAGUUUCACAUAUAGUUUCCUAUGCAUUAUAGUACAAUGAAAUACCAAAAUGAAGAAUAUUUGAUUAUGACUAUGUAUGGGAAUGCAUGACCCAUCCGCAUCAAACAUUGUAACAUCAUACAUUGUAUUCACUUUGUGAAUUUUAUUAUAUAUGCAUGCUUUCUUACUCACAUCCAAAAAUACCCAACAUAACUUAACAAAAUAAUUGAAAUAAGUGGAUCUAUAAGAAUGUGUUAGGUAUAUGAUGGAUUCUAACAAAUCAAAUGAUAAAACCUCAACAUUUAAUGAAAAUAAAAACUUAAAUAACAAAAAGAGCAAUGAGAAUAAUUUUAUAACAUGAUUAUAUUCUCGGUGAUCAAGUGAAGGAGAUGAUGAGGCCAAUAGAGGUGAACAGGUGGUAUGUUUUCACUUUAAACAUAAACAUGUGUCAGUCAUGCAAAAGAAUGAUCUGCAUGAAACGUGUAAUUGAAUUGGAGUUACUUCCCUAGCUAAGAGUACGUCGAGGAUCAUAAGGGUCUUGAAAAGAAUCUAUCAUAUGAAUUGGAGUCCCAAUUUGUCCAGCCACCAAGAGUCGAUCGGAGAAUGGAGGUUAGAUGAACGAUCGGUGAGGAUUGGCGGCUAUGCCAGAGUUAUUCGCAGGGGAUUUACGGUGAACUCUCCAAUUAGAAGCUGGGAGGAGUAGCGACUGUAGAAAAUCUGGUGAGAGAAUCCAGCUUGGCCAAUCGCCAGUGAAUCGUCGGAGGGAAGAAGGGGGAAGAAACAGGAUUGCUACGCAUUGGUGACCCGCCAACUUGGCCAAUCGCCAGAAAAUCGUCGUGGGGAAGAUAGUGGGAACUGAAGGGGCGGUUUAAGGGAAUAAACGGGUCCACAAAGCUUACUGUGAACUCUCAAGUAGGAUAGUAAACCCCUUAAGUCUACAGUAUAAUUAAUUGGCCAAUCGCCAGUGAAUCGUCGGAGGGAAGAAGGGGGAAGAAACAGGAUUGCUACGCAUUGGUGACCCGCCAACUUGGCCAAUCGCCAGAAAAUCGUCGUGGGGAAGAUAGUGGGAACUGAAGGGGCGGUUUAAGGGAAUAAACGGGUCCACAAAGCUUACUGUGAACUCUCAAGUAGGAUAGUAAACCCCUUAAGUCUACUCGCCAAUUAAUUAUACGGGUCCACAAAGCUUACUGUGAACUCUCAAGUAGGAUAGUAAACCCCUUAAGUCUACUCGCCAAUUAAUUAUACUAAUAAUUAGUAUUUUGUUAGCGUGAGCCGGCCCAUUAGUACUAAAUAGUUUAGGGUAAAAUUAGAGUUGAUUUUUUUUGGGUUUUCAGUUUAUUUUCUUAUAUAUAUAUGUAACUAGCUUUAUACCCACCCGUUGGGCGGCAAAUUUUGAUUGGUUAUUAUAUUUUUCGUCCUAGUAUUAUAAUUUUAUUUAUGAUUCAUUAUGUUAAACUAUUAUACAUUGAAUUGUUAAUCUCACUUACCAAAUUUCAUAUAUUAUUUCACAUUUUUAAUCUUUCAUUUAUUUAUGAAAAUUUAAUUUUAUUAAAUGAGCUCUCUAUAAUAAUUUCUUUAUUGAUUUAUAAUUAUGUAUCGAGUCCACCCUUUAAAAUAUAAACUAAGAGAUUAUUAAUUUUUUAACACACAAAAUGACAAAGAAGUUAAAAUUUAGAAGGAUACAAAAGAAGAAGUUAAAAUUUGCAAAUAUAUUUCAAUUAAUAAAAAAAAAGUGAAGAGCUUUCAUUUUCUCACCCUUCUCGUACGUUGGUAUAUGAUAAUAGAGAAUAUCGCAAUCUAGAUCCCACAAAUAUCGUGUAGUAUCAGUUACUCGUGUAAUUUUGGAAGAAUGAGAAACCACAUUGGCAUCCACAUCAUCAAUCUUCCGCUUAUUCGUUUAAUUUACCUUGAAAAUAUUCUAGCAAAAUCAACCACAAAUAAAACUGUUGUUUGUCACUAAUUUAUUAAAACUAUGUUUUCAGUAAACUAAACUGCAUAUAAUCAUAAUUUAUAUUUUGUAGAGAGCUACAUACCCCUGCCAAAAGGAUCAUGUUUUUCUACCUAAUAAUAACAUAAAUGAAUAGUAAAAGUUGUAUACUUCAAUAUAACUCAAGUCAUUAUAUCUUGCAAAGUCCUCAUUGUGAAUCGGAUUGAUGCAUCAAUCCAAAUAGCAGUUAUUAUGAAACAAUCAGGCAAAAAUCAAGCUUUAGUUAGGGAUUCUAUUAGGCAAAAUUCACGCUAAGGAAACAAACCAAUGUCAUUACA